UCAGGUAUAUUUGACUCUUCGCACUACUUUUACUAUAAUUUGAUUAAUGUAUUGAACAUGUCCUUCGCACUGGUGUCCUUAAAUGCGUUGUCACAAGCGACCAUCUGUGAUUUAUAGCUCUCUAGGUGAAAAAGAAAAACACAAAAAAUCUGAUGAAAUCAGUGGAAUUGCUUUACUUUACUGUCUUAACACCGUCAUCGUGGACCAUAUGCGAACAAUAUAGACACAAUGUCAUCUCUUAAAUAGUAUUUAAAACGGCCGUGAUUGGCAUUAAGGAUGGGGUUGGAUUAAAGGUAAUAGGGAUCAUCCCGAUGGAUGAUCAUGAUUUUUAUGGGAUUUGUCUCGAGAAUGAGAAGCAGUCGCUUUAAGUGAAAACGGUCGUCUGGGCCUUUUUCCUUUGCUUCACGACAUUUGCCACAUUAUGACUGCCCAUAUGAGACGGGUGGAUGUUUAGGUUCCACCAGGCGACACCCAUGGAUGUCUUGAAGCUGAACGUAUGAGGUGAUGUUACACGCCAUAACGAAGAGCAAAAACUUUAAAGUGGUAUUGUAAGGUAAAAAAAUUGCGCCUGUUCUGAUUCAUAAGCGAUGCAUGGGGUUAUUUUUGUUCCCUCUAAGGUGUGCAGAUAAUGACUGUAAUUGGGAAGGGACAGCGCGUGCCCAGCUGCACACACCCACCCGUCCACCCGACCGUCACAAACAGAGAAGAAAAUGACGCGGUACUAAAUUAGUAUCCAAACCUUAACAAAUUACCCGCUGUAAAGCUAGGUGAAUGGUUUAAUGCGAGAGACAGCGAGGAGAGAAAGCGCCUGUUGUGUAUGACGACACGCCUGGAGAUGUCUUGGAGUCGCCUAGACACAGUUUAACCCGUUGAGUGGAUGUUUGCUACGUGGAAUUCAAACCAAUCUCGAUUCUGUCUGUGAUUUCGUUAACUAUGCCCUGCGGCGAUGUUUGUUGUCUCUAAGCUCACCACCGAUUAAUGUUCACGGUGACGUCUAUGGUGGUUUCUGGUGGCUAUGCAAUUCCCUGCCUCCGGUGUGGAAGGGCGUACUCCUCCGGUAGUCUCGAAGCCUUCGGUAUGGAAAUAAACGAGAAAUGUCAACAUGGCGACAGCUGCUCCACUCGUCCCUCCUCUCGGUAUAAAUCCAUAAAGCCCCCCGUGUCCCAGCAGUCAGUCUAGAUCCUCCUUAGAGAGCAGGAUGAGAAAAUGGCCGCCCAGCUUCUUGUUCCUCCCGGACCUGACAGCUUCAGGCGGUUCCGCCCGGAGUCGCUGGCCGCCAUCGAGCGGUGCAUCGCUGAGGAGAUAGCGCGGCAGCCCAAGGGCGAGAGGCGGCGCGACCAGGACGACGACGACAAUGGACCCAAACCCAACAGCGACCUGGAGGCAGGGAAGUCCCUGCCCUUCAUCUACGGGGACAUCCCACGGGGACUGGUGUCUGUGCCUCUGGAGGACCUGGACACCUUCUACAACAACCAGACAACGUUUAUAGUGCUAAACCGCGGGAAGACCAUCUUCCGCUUCAAUGCCACCCCAGCCGUCUACAUCCUCAGCCCCUUCAACCUGAUGAGGAGAAUCGCCAUCAAAGUGCUGGUGCAUUCAAUGUUCAGUUUUUUCAUCAUGUGUACUAUCCUGUGCAACUGCGCCUUCAUGACGCUGAGUAAUCCACCAGAAUGGGCCAAAAACGUGGAGUACACUUUCACUGGGAUCUACACCUUCGAGUCCCUGAUCAAGAUUCUGGCCAGGGGCUUCUGUGUGGGGAAGUUCACCUUCCUCAGGGAUCCCUGGAACUGGCUGGACUUCAGUGUUAUAUCCAUGGCAUAUGUGACAGAAUUUGUGGACCUCGGCAAUGUCUCUGCACUUCGAACCUUCAGGGUUCUCCGGGCUCUCAAAACUAUAUCAGUCAUCCCAGGCCUGAAGACCAUUGUAGGCGCUCUGAUCCAGUCCGUGAAGAAGCUGUCAGACGUGAUGAUCCUGACGGUGUUCUGCCUAAGUGUGUUUGCCCUCAUUGGGCUGCAGCUCUUCAUGGGAAACCUGCGGCAGAAGUGUGUGCGGAUCCCCAUAGACGGUCCCACGGCGCCCCCCUCUGCCCUGCCGCAGAACUUCACGCUGGGCCCCACUGACGACCUAGAGCUGGCCAACAUAAGCCUACCCAACAACACCUUCAACUGGACCGAGUACAUCAGCGACAACCGGAAUUACUACUAUCUGCCCGGCCGCCGUGAUGCUCUGCUCUGUGGCAAUGGUAGUGAUGCAGGGCAGUGCCCAGAGGGGUUCAUGUGCAUUAAGGCGGGCUUCAACCCGAACUUCGGCUACACAAGCUUUGACACCUUCAGCUGGGCCUUCCUGUCGCUCUUCCGGCUCAUGACCCAGGACUACUGGGAGAACCUCUAUCAGCAGACCCUGCGUGCCGCUGGGAAGCCCUAUAUGAUCUUCUUCGUGCUGGUGAUCUUCCUGGGCUCGUUCUACCUGGUGAACCUGAUCCUGGCCGUGGUUGCCAUGGCCUACGACGAGCAGAACCAGGCCACCAUUGAGGAGGCGCAGCAGAAGGAGGAGGAGUUCCAGGCCAUGCUGGAGCAGCUCAAGAGACAGCAGGAGGAGGCGCAGGUUGCCGCGGCGGCGACCACGGGUGAGAGCGGGGAGUACAGCUACCCGGGGCGGGGCGCCCCGUCGGAGGAGAGCUCGUCGGGGGGCGGCUCGCGCCUCAGCUCCAAGAGUGCCAAGGAGCGCCGCAACCGCCGCAAGAAGAGGAGGCAGCGCGAGGAGCAGGAGGAGGAGGAGCAGGAGCAGGAGGAGGACGAGGUCGAGAAGAGGGACGCCGAGAAGUUCCACAAGUCGGCGUCGGAGGACAGCAUCAAGCGCUCCACCUUCCGCUUCUCCAUCGACGCCAACCGCCUCUCCUACGACAAGAAGUGCUCCACACCCAACCAGUCUCUCCUGAGCAUCUCGCGCGGCUCCCUCUUCUCCCCGCGCCGGAACAGCCGGGCGAGCCUGUUCAGCUUCCGGGGCCGGGCGCGCGACUUCGGCUCGGAGAACGACUUCGCCGACGACGAGCACAGCACGUUCGAGGAAAGCGAUAGCCGGCGCGGUUCGCUCUUCGUACCGCGGCGCACCGAACGGCGCAGUUCCAACGUCAGCCACUGCAGCCUGGCGGCGCCGCGCAUCGUGUUGCCUGCCAACGGGAAGAUGCACUGCUCCGUCGACUGCAACGGCGUGGUGUCGCUGGUGGGGGGCACUUCGGUGCCCACAUCGCCCGUCGGCAGGCUGCUCCCGGAGGGCACCACCACUGAGUCUGACGUGAAGAAGAAGCGUUCAGGCUCCCACCGGCACUCUGUUGACUACCUGGAAGAGCCCGUGGCCAGCAGACAGAGAGCCAUGAGUGUGGCCAGCAUUCUCACCAACACCAUGGAGGAGCUGGAGGAGUCUCGUCAGAAGUGCCCCCCCUGCUGGUACAAGUUCGCCAACACCUUCCUGAUCUGGGACUGCUGCGAGACGUGGCUGAGGAUCAAAGAGGUGGUGAACAUGGUGGUGAUGGACCCCUUCGUGGACCUGGCCAUCACCAUCUGCAUCGUGCUCAACACCCUCUUCAUGGCCCUGGAGCACUACCCCAUGACCAAGGAGUUCAACGAUCUCCUCUCCGUCGGGAACCUGGUGUUCACCGGCAUCUUCACAGCUGAGAUGUGCUUCAAGGUCAUCGCUCUUGACCCCUACUACUACUUCCAGGAGGGCUGGAACAUCUUUGACGGCAUCAUCGUCAGCCUGAGCCUGAUGGAGCUGGGUCUGGCUAAUGUGGAGGGUCUCUCUGUUUUACGCUCCUUCAGAUUGCUAAGGGUGUUUAAGCUGGCCAAGUCCUGGCCCACCCUCAACAUGCUCAUCAAGAUCAUCGGCAACUCUGUGGGCGCCCUGGGCAACCUGACCCUGGUCUUGGCCAUCAUCGUCUUCAUCUUCGCCGUGGUGGGCAUGCAGCUGUUCGGCAAGAGCUACCGCGACUGCGUGUGCAAGAUCUCGGACGACUGCGAGCUGCCGCGCUGGCACAUGAACGACUUCUUCCACUCCUUCCUCAUCGUGUUCCGAGUGCUGUGCGGCGAGUGGAUCGAGACCAUGUGGGACUGCAUGGAGGUGGCGGGCCAGUCCAUGUGCAUCGUCGUCUUCAUGCUGGUCAUGGUCAUCGGGAACCUGGUGGUUCUAAACCUCUUCCUAGCCUUGCUGCUGAGCUCGUUCAGCGCCGACAACCUGGCGGCCACGGACGACGACAGCGAGAUGAACAACCUCCAGAUCGCCGUGGGCCGCAUCCACAGUGGCAUCGCCUUCAUCAAGUCGGCGCUGCGGCAGUUCCUGCAGAGCCUGUGCCUGGGAGGGGGGGGCAAGCCGGGGACGAUGGACGAGGAGAAGCCCCUGGACGACCUGCACAGCGACGUGGCCAAGGAGAACUGCCUGACCAAUCACACCAGCCUGGUGGUCAGCGUGGGCGGAGUCAGUAUCGGGCCGGGCGGUGUGGAGCUCACCAAGGACUUCCUGAGGGACGGCGGCAGCGGUGUCACCACGGGCCAUGUCACCACGGGCAACGGGGUGGACGGGCGGGGUGGUUAUGGGAUGGAGGAGGGGGACUACAUGUCGUUCAUCCACAACCCCAGCCUGACGGUCACCGUGCCCAUUGCGGUGGGCGAGUCCGACUUCGAGAACCUGAACACGGAGGACUUCAGCAGCGACUCCUCAGAUGUGGAGGGCAGUAAAGAGAAGCUUCCAGUAGACACUCAUCUGAGCUCGUCGGAGGGGAGCACCGUGGACAUCCGACCCCCAGGAGAGGGAGUUGAGGGUUCCAUCGAGCUGGAGGUGGAGGAAUCCUUCGAGCCAGAAGGCUGCUUCACUGACGGCUGUGUGGUGCGUUUCCACUGCUGUCAGGUGAAUGUGGAAGAGGGCCGGUGGAAGAGUUGGUGGACGCUGAGGAAGACCUGCUUCAGGAUCGUGGAGCACAACUGGUUUGAGACCUUCAUCAUCUUCAUGAUCCUACUCAGCAGUGGUGCUCUGGCGUUUGAAGACGUUUACAUUGAGCAGAGGAAGACGGUGAAGACAGUGCUGGAGUAUGCCGAUAAGGUCUUCACCUACGUGUUCAUUCUGGAGAUGUUGCUGAAGUGGGUGGCCUACGGCUUCGUCAAGUACUUCACCAAUGCCUGGUGUUGGCUCGACUUCCUCAUCGUAGAUGUGUCUGUUGUGAGCCUGUUAGCAAGUGCUCUAGGUUAUUCUGAACUGACCGCCAUCAAGUCCCUGAGGACUCUACGAGCACUAAGACCUCUGAGAGCUCUGUCACGCUUCGAGGGCAUGAGAGUUGUAGUAAACGCUCUGCUGGGGGCCAUCCCCUCCAUCAUGAACGUGCUGCUGGUGUGCCUCAUCUUCUGGCUGAUCUUCAGCAUCAUGGGAGUGAACCUGUUUGCGGGGAAGUACUACCACUGCGUGAACAGCACCACGGGCGAGCUGCUACCCGUCUCGCUGGUCAACAACAAGAGCGAGUGCCUGGCUAUGGCCAACGACAGCGCACGCUGGAAGAACGUCAAGAUCAACUUCGACAACGUGGGGGCCGGCUACCUAGCGCUGCUCCAAGUGGCUACAUUUAAAGGAUGGAUGGAUAUCAUGUAUGCGGCUGUUGACUCACGCAAUCUGGAGCAGCAGCCAGAGUACGAGGUCAACCUCUACAUGUACCUGUACUUCGUCAUCUUCAUCAUCUUCGGCUCCUUCUUCACCCUCAACCUCUUCAUCGGUGUCAUCAUUGACAACUUCAACCAGCAGAAGAAAAAGUUUGGAGGUCAGGACAUCUUCAUGACAGAGGAACAGAAGAAGUAUUACAACGCCAUGAAGAAGCUUGGCUCCAAGAAACCACAGAAACCUAUUCCAAGGCCAACGAACAAGUUCCAGGGCUGUGUGUUUGACUUCGUCACCAGGCAGGCCUUCGACAUCGUCAUCAUGAUUCUGAUCUGCCUGAACAUGGUGACCAUGAUGGUGGAGACAGACGACCAGACUGAGGACAUGGCCAACAUCCUUUACUGGAUUAACCUGGUCUUCAUCGUGCUCUUCACUGGCGAGAGCAGCCUGAAGAUGAUCUCGCUGAGACAUUACUACUUUUCUUUGGGAUGGAACAUUUUCGACUUUGUGGUGGUCAUCUUAUCCAUCGUUGGUAUGUUCCUCUCUGACGUCAUUGAGAAGUACUUUGUGUCGCCAACGCUGUUCCGAGUCAUCCGCCUUGCCCGGAUUGGCCGAAUCCUGCGCCUCAUCAAAGGCGCUAAGGGAAUCCGCACGCUCCUCUUCGCUCUCAUGAUGUCACUUCCUGCCCUCUUCAACAUCGGCCUCCUCCUCUUCUUGGUUAUGUUCAUCUAUGCCAUUUUUGGCAUGUCCAACUUCGCCUACGUGAAGCGCGAGGCGGGGAUCGAUGACUUGUUCAACUUCGAGACUUUCGGCAACUCCAUGCUCUGCCUGUUCCAGAUCACCACAUCGGCCGGGUGGGAUGGACUCCUUGCGCCCAUCCUCAACAACAAGGAGCCCGACUGCGAUAGUCGCUUGGAGCACCCGGGCAGCUCGGUGCGGGGCAACUGCGGCAACGCGUCCGUGGGCAUCAUCUUCUUUGUGUCAUACAUCAUCAUCUGUUUCCUGAUCGUCGUGAACAUGUACAUCGCCGUCAUCCUGGAGAACUUCAGCGUGGCCACGGAAGAGAGCGCCGAGCCGCUGAGCGAGGACGACUUCGAGAUGUUCUACGAGGUGUGGGAGCGCUUCGACCCAGACGCCACGCAGUUCGUGGAGUACCAGAAACUGUCCGAGUUCGCCGACUCGCUGGACCCGCCGCUGCGCAUCGCAAAGCCCAACAGGCUCCAGCUGAUCGCCAUGGACCUGCCCAUGGUGAGCGGCGACCGCAUUCACUGCCUGGACAUCCUGUUCGCCUUCACCCUGCGCGUGCUGGGCGAGGAGGGCGAGAUGGACGCGCUGAGGGGACAGAUGGAGGAGCGGUUCAUGGCCUCCAACCCCUCCAAGGUGUCUUACGAGCCCAUCACCACCACCCUGCGCCGCAAGCAGGAGGAGAUGUCCGCCAUGGUCAUCCAGCGUGCCUUCCGAUGCUACCGCAUGCGCCAGACGGUCAAGCGCGCCUCCCACAUGUACCGGCAGUCCCUGCUGCAGGACGGGGGAUCUCUUAUCAGCCGGGGCGGAGAGAAGGUUCCGGACAAGGAGGUGCUGGUGAUCAUCAAGUUCACUGAGAACUCGGCCUCGGACAAAACAGACAUGACCCCCUCGUCGGCAUCGCCGCCCUCCUACAACAGCGUGGCCAAGUCGGACAAGGACAAGGACAAGUACGAGAAGGACUGGCGGGAGAAAGAGGACAAUGCGAAAGACGCGCGUGAGAGGAAGAAGUGAAGCAGGUCUAGAGGAGUGGGUCCGGACUAGACUGGACUGGACUGGGCCUCCUGCCUGAGACUGGUGGAAGUGUAAGGGACGGUUUACGGAGUUUGGGAGACUGGCCCCUGUAUGCUUUCACAGAUCGAAGGGUUUAGGAAUCCCCCACCAGAUGUUGUGUGUAUUUCUCUCUCUCUCUUUGUGUGUGCACGAGUGUGUGUGUGUGUGUGUGUGUGUGUGUGUGUGUGUGUGUGUGUGUGUGUGUGUGUGUGCAGAAUGAGAUCAGAGUGUGAAUUGAGGUAGCACACACAUUACGACAAUGGUGGGGGGGAGAGUUUUUGGGGGGUGUGACGUACAUUGGUGGAUGGUGCCACAACAUUGGGGAUGUCAUAGACUGGUAUUUUGGUGUGAACGAUAAACUCCCACUCCAUGCGCCUCCCUCACUGACACAGAACUGUUAAAUCGAACGAUAGAACGAGGCCGAAACGAACGAGGCCGCGUCUGAGUCUCCAACAAGGGAAUGUGCAUUUCUAAGAUUUGAUUUAUUAUUCUGAGUGUUGUAACAAUCUGGAAGACUAACGUCAACUGUUAUGUCUGCCUGUAGCUAGGGCUCCUAGUACAGCCGGCCAGUGUCUUGAAUAACAAUUGCUGUAUUAUUUGCUUGCCUUCUUACCAUCUUUUUUAUGGGUUUUUUUAUUUUCUUUUUUUAUGUUUUUUUUUUUUUUUUAAACCAGGAUCUCAUUUUUAUAGCACAUUGAUGUUUUCUACUGGGUUGUGAUUGUGACAAAAAUAAUCCCACGUGGGAACACAUAGACACCACGAACACAUCAGUGAUCUCCUUUAGGAGUCUAUGAUCACAAUGUAAGUCACAGCUCAGAGAACUAAAAGCCCUCGAGAUCGAAUGAGGAAUGUGGCUGAUUAAAAGCCUCAAACAAACUGACACAGGACCCUCGUUCUGCCCUCUAGAUCAGCAAGCUUGAUCGACACAGCUUAGUUCAGCUCAGGUUGAUUUAAAUUAAGGCUGUCGAGUGAGGUUGAGGCUGUAGGCUCACGUGAGGUUGAGGCUGUAGACUUGCGUGAAGUUGAGGCCGUAGACUUGCGUGAGGUUGAGGCUCUAGACUUGCGUGAAGUUGAGGCCGUAGACUUGCGUGAGGUUGAGGCUGUAGACUUGCGUGACGUUGCUAAGUGUGAUAUCACGUCGAACGAAGAGCAGGCCGAGCGGAACAAGACUCAGGUUCGUGUUCCAAGGCCGAGGCUGCCGAGGUGCAAGCCAAACAGCCUGAAUGUGCGCCUGCGAACAGGUGCAGCACAACAAUUGACACACACCUGCAUACAGGUGCAACACAACAAUCGACACACACCUGCGUACAGGUGCAUCACAACAAUCGACACACACCUGCGUACAGGUGCAUCACAACAAUCGAUACACACACUGCAAAAUGGAAUGUCCUAUAAUCUCAGAGAUUUCAAAACCUUCAAACACUUUCUCUCUCUUUCACUCAUUCUCACUCUCUAUCUAUCUCUCUCACGCUUGCUCGUGUCACUGUCUGACUGUUCUGUUCGAGUUAAAUUUUUUCCGAGAGCGUCCAAACUUCCAGAACAAAUAGAAAACAGAAAACAUACAAAAAAGAUGUUUCUAGAGGAGAAGGAGAAAAUAUAGACUCAUAACACAUUACUGCAAGGCAAAACAUAUAGAGUGUGGAUUUCAGUGUCUGUCCUUAUCAGUGCAUUGUAGUUUAUUUCUAUAUGAAUGAGCCAUUUUUCAUUCUAUAAUAAUCUAUUGGGUGGUGACAUGUUUGUAUAUAAUGCACUCCAAGGUGUGGACACUAUAUGUAUCACGGCUGUACACGUGCUUCUGAUGGACACUCUAUUUGAUUCUGUUACCUAUCAUAUUGUAUAUGGGUGCAUAUUACCUCUGUGAUUGUGAGUGUGUGUGUGUGUGUGUGAGUGUAUGAAUGGCUAGUGUGUUUAUGUGUGUGUAUGCGUGAACUAGUGUGCUUUUACGCCCGUGCAUAUUUGCAAAUGUACGUAUGAACAGGAUAUGUGUAAGGAGACGUGCGUGCGUGCGUGUGUGUGUGUGUGUCCGUGUCUGUUAUGUAUACACAUGAAUUGGACUUUACUUUGUAAUUGUCAUUAUGAAAAGUGUUUAUAUUGUAAAUAGUAGUUUUAAACUCAUGACCGCUCAUGCUUUCUCCUCAGUUUUUUAAACAUCAGGUUUGUUUACAUUCUGCUCAGUAACAGGUGAGGCCACGAAGCAUUGUGUGUCCAUAGUAACUGUUUCAAAACUAUGAUGCGAUCCGUAGCCAUCAUUAUCCAUAUGCUUUUAGUGUGGGUAGUUCACUGCAUGCUGAAUAUUAACCAGCCACACGGUGACAUUAUUUUAAAAAGCCAAAAGAAUAAAGAUCAUAUUUUUUGUACUGAAAAGUCUGUUCAGAUUCUUCAAUUUUUGUGUUUGUUUUUAUUUUCCAUCAUGCACAUGAGUUGAUGAUGCAGACAAAUGUUUAUAUUUCGGUUUUAUGUCUGGCGCAAUAACGUGCUGGGUGAGAUACAUAUAUAUUUGAUUUUAGAAAUCAUUUGAAUUUUGUUUGGUUUGGAGACAUCUUUCAUAUAUAUAUAUAUAUAUAUAUAUAUAUAUAUAUACAGUAAAUAUAUAUAAUUUACUUUUCCCUCAGAGAUCAAUGGAUGUUCACUUAACAAAGGCGGUAUUUUGGAUUUGUUAUAGUGUGCAUUGUAUGACCUUUUUUUUCAGACCAAAGAUGUGACAGAAGCUGACAUCUAAGUCCUUUCUUUUGACUCUUUUCAAAAAUAAAGCACAUUUUUGGGAAGCA